AUGCGCACGUAUCUCGUCGUCGGAGCAAGUAGAGGCAUUGGCCUCGCCCUCGUCCAAGAACUGCUUGAGGACCCGACAACCCACGUCCUCGCCACCGCACGCUCCCUGUCCCGCUCGCCCGGGCUCCAAGCCCUCACCUCGUCCUAUCCACCCGCGCGCCUCUCCAUCCUCGAGCUCGACGUUGCCGAUCCCGCGAGCGUUGAGCGCGGCGCAGCCAACGCAGCCACUCUACUCUCAGAGUACGAAGGGUUGGACUGCCUGAUACACAACGCGGCGGUGUUGCUGCAGGAGUUCACUCCGUUUGAGCAGGUCGACAUCGCCUCGCUCCACCAAGAGCUCUACACCAACACCGUCGCGCCCCUGCACGUCGCGCGCUCCUUCCUCCCGCUCCUCCGCCGCGGACUCGGCGCACCCGCCUCAGAGAAAAAACUCGUCUUCGUGUCCUCCAACCUCGGCUCGCUGGAGAUCGCCCCGACGUUCGCCGGGCUGUGCGAGACAUACUCCGUGACGAAGGCCGGACUCGGCAUGAUCGCACGCAAAUGGGGGGCGACGCUCAAGGACGAAGGCAUCUGCACCAUGAUCCUCCACCCAGGCUAUGUCGGCACGGACAUGGGCAACAGUAUCAAUUCAUGGGUCUCCGAGCACCUCCCUGCGGUCCAGAAGAUAAGCCCCGCCGACUCCGCGGCGCAGUGCCUGCAAGUGAUCAAGGACGCCCGGCUCGAGGAAGCGGUCGCAUUCUAUGCGUACGAUGGGUCGAGGAUCCCUUGGUGA